AUGGGUCAUCCAGAUAUUGUAAGUGUUCAAUGGUUAAAGGAGCAUUUCAAGAAGGUGAAAAUUCUUGACGCGACGGAAACCAUCAAGCCGAUGCCAAAUGUCGAUGAAUUUGAGGCGAAAUAUUAUGGAAAUUUCGAGUUAUUGCAGAAGGAUUUUGUUGAGGACGAGUAUUUGAAAGAGCACAUUCCUGGAGCAGUUCACUUCAAUUUUGAUAUCGCAUAUUGCCCAACAACAUUUAAACGCUAUGGGCUUUACAAUGCUAAUAUAUUUGAAAAAUAUGCUCAAUUGCUAGGAAUCAACCAAAAUGAUCAUCUGGUGAUAUACAGUCGUGGUCCGUUGGCUGGCUGUCUGUUUGCUUCACGAGUUUAUUGGACUUUUAAGGUGUAUGGAUUCCAUAAAGUAAGCAUUUUGAAUGGCGGAUUGAGCGCAUGGAAAAAUGAUGGCGGUGAGGUGACCAGUGGCGAAGAACACGUUCCGCGAGGCGAUUUUAAAGCAGAAUCUAUCAAUCUUGAAUUAUUGGAAAGAUUUGAGAAAAUUCCAUUCAAGAAUCUUGACGAUGUUCAAUUUGUUGAUGUUCGCACACCAGCGCAAUAUUGCGGCGAGGAGCCGCUAACGAAAACCUACCCAAAAUCGAUUGCCAAGGGCUCACAUGUUCCAAAAUCGAAGAAUUUGCCAGCCGGCAAAUUUUUCGACGCAAACGGAUUCAAAAGCAAAGACGAGAUUCGGCGGAUCGUUGACGACGCUGGAAUCAAAACGAGCCAUCCAAUCAUUCUUUCGUGCAACGGCGGUGUCCAGGCGUCGGCAGUUUUUGCCGCGUUGCAGCAUUGCGGCAUCCUAGCAAAAGUCUACAAUGGUAGCAUGUCUGAAUUGGCCUCACGGGCUCCACAUCUCGUCAAUGGACGUCUUCACUAA